AUGUCUGAGCAACCUAAUUCUGAACUUGAAGACAAAAUCGAUGUCCGUGGUCAAUUAGAGGCUGCUACUGUUGACGAUGUGUUUGGAGAACUCACGGAGAAUGGCCCUAACUAUCGUAAUGUUGGAUUCUUUGGAACCGUCGUUCUCAUGAUGAAGACUCAAAUUGGCCUUGGUGUUCUCGCUAUUCCCUCUGCCCUUGAAGUUCUGGGUAUGGUACCAGGUGUGAUAUGUCUAGUUCUCAUAGGCGCUAUGACUACUUGGUCGGGGUGGAUGAUUGGUCGUUUCAAAUUGAACCAUCGUGAGAUGUACAGUAUUGAUGACGCUGGUGCAAUCAUAUGGGGAACACCAGGCCGAGUUAUCUGUGCAGUUGCAUUCUGUUUAUAUUACAUUUUCAACAGUGCCUCAGCGAUUUUAGGCAUCGAGAUCGGAUUAAAUUCAGUCUCCUCACAUGCUACAUGUACUGCCGUCUUCUCAGCCAUUGCUGCUAUAGCUGGCUUCGCAUUUUCUAGCGUUCGCACACUUGGUCGUAUCACCUGGUUGGCAUGGGUUGGGCUACCAUGCAUUAUGUCUGCUAUCAUCAUAGUUACAAUUGCGGUCGGCAUUGAAGAUCGCCCUGCCUCUGCACCAAAAACAAGCGAACCAUGGACACCUGAUUGGGUUGCUGUUGCUAAUCCCGGCUUUGCAAAGGGGAUCGCAGCAGUUGCGAAUCUCCUAUUCGCUUUCUCUGGAGGACCGGCCUUUUUUGCCAUCGCGUCUGAGAUGCGAGACCCCAAGCACUUCGGCCCAGCCGUUGUGAUUUGUCAAACGGGUAUCACCAUAAUUUAUACCAUCAUUGGAUGUGUGAUAUACUAUUACUGUGGCACGUAUGUUUCUUCGCCAGCUCUCGGUUCAGCCGGUGGCUUGAUCAAGAUUGUCAGCUAUGCCUUCGCUUUACCUGGCUUACUUGUCACCAUGACAAUUGUCACACAUAUUCCCGCCAAAUACUGUUUCGUUCAUAUCCUUCGUGGCUCCAGGCACCUCGCGAGCAAUUCCGCUACGCAUUGGAUUACUUGGCUGAGUUGCACAUUUGGAACAACUGUCAUCGCCUACAUCAUUGCCAGCAGUAUUCCUUCCUUUGACGAUAUGGUAUCUCUGAUUGGUGCCUUCGUCAGCCCAACAAUCUGUCUCAUUCCGUAUGCUGGAAUGUGGCUAUCCGAUAAUUGGCACAAAGGUCAAGGCCAGCGAAAAACACCAUUCUGGAUUUUCAUGGUUGGCUUUUGCGUUUUUGUCAUUGUCAUCGGCCUAUUUAUCACUGUAGCAGGGACAUAUGGCUCGGUGAUGAAUAUCAAGGCGUCAUACGCUGCGAGUGGUGGCUCUGCUGCGUUCUCUUGCGCUGACAACUCCAACUCUUCAUAA